AUGACUUCCCCCGCCGUCCUCAGCCAACCCUCCUCCCCGCGCUUCUCGCUCUCCCCCACUCCCCACCGCAAGGUCGCGAUCGCCGUCGACUUAAGCGACGAGAGCGCCUACGCCGUCCGAUGGGCCGCCGAUCACUACCUCCGGCCCGGCGACUCCGUCGUCCUCCUCCACGUGCGCCCCACGACCGGCCUCUACGGCGCCGACUGGGGCUGGGUCCCCGUCGACUACACCCUCCCCGUCGCCGGCGACAAGAAAUCCGAGGACGACUUCGACGCGCUGACGACGUCGAAGGCGACGGAGCUGGCGCAGCCGCUCGUGGAGGCCGGAAUCGAGUUCAAGAUCCACAUAGUGAAGGAUCGGGACAUGAAGGAGAGGCUGUGCUUGGAGGUGGAGCGGCUAGGGCUCAGCGCCGUCAUUAUGGGAAGCCGAGGGUUCGGCGCCGCCGCCGCCUCCAAGAGGAGUCUCAAGAUGGCGAGGCUCGGUAGCGUAUCGGAUUACUGCGUGCAGCACUGUGUGUGCCCCGUCGUGGUGGUGAGGUGUCCUGAUGACGGGGACCGGAAGUUUGGCGGUGUUGAAGCGGUGGAGGAGGACGUGCUGCUUCCGGUGCCGGAGGAGGAUCAGGAGUACAAUGACGACGAUGAGCAUCAAGGUUUUGGCUCUCUUUCUCUAUCUCUGAUUGCUUUGAAAUACAAAGUUGAUAGGAAAAUCGAAAAUUUGAUCAUGAUACAUUUGGUCUGGAGAUAA